GAGGGUGACUUCAAAUGCAAACAGUGCUUAAGUGGACAUGUCUGGAAUGCUAGCAAGUCGAGUGCGCUUCGAACAGGUUCUUCCAAUGUUCGUUCUCUUGGCAUCACUGAUGUUGGUGAAAUGCGUGUCGGGCGUUGAAUUAUUGGAAACAUCAACAGAUACGCCGAUAAGUUCAACGAGCGAAGAUUCAAAGACAUUAUCUACGGAUGUGACAGGGCAUGCCUCCACUUUGGACCCAACACCUACAUCAACGGACAUCAAAAGUACUUCACUUGCAGCAACACUCGCUUCUAGCACAUUUUCAGCAAAUAACGCUAAUCUACCUCCUGUCUAUACUAUACCUCCAGAAAAGGAAAAUAUUACAAAUCUAAAUAAUUCUACUACCGCAUCUACAGUAUUGUCCUCUACCGUGUCCUCUACAGAGCCAUCAACACUAACACAUACUCAGUCGACAGAAGUUGGCGCUACCAAAAGUACUUCAACAACAACUGAAAAAUCAGAAGUGGUUGUAAGUACUUCUGGUUCUGCAAGUUCUACUGAGGAAAAUCUGACAAAGGACGAUACUCGGCAUGCAGCGGAGGCACCUUCAAGUGGAUCAAGCUCACCAGGACACGCUGUUUCAUCACUGACUACUGAUCAACAAGUCUCGUCAAUUUCUUCAGAGGGACACAAAACAACAGUCGCUCAUAAAAGUUCAAAAAUGACGAACCUAACAUCCGUCAGUGCGUCUACUACAUCAAAUUCUGUAGAAUCAACGUUAUCUCCAGUGGAUUUAGAAGUUACCUCUACAACUUCGGAGAGUGCUACAAUGUCUACAACAUAUGUGGAACACACAUCUCCUAACAAUAUUGAACUCUCUGUGAACAUGACCUGCAAAGAUAAUAACGAAUGCAAUGCAAAGAAACAUCUAACUUGCAACGUUUUAACUGGAAGAUGCACGUGUAUGAAUGGCUAUUCUCCAAUGGGUCCGACCUCCUGUGGAAAGAAAUUAGGUGACGUGUGUGAUAGAAACUGCGACGCGCAGAACUCUCGCUGUAAACUGGUGGGAGACAAAUACAUAUGCGUGUGCGAAGAAGGCCUAACUGCCAGUACUGAUGGAACAUUCUGUUACGGCAAGCCCUUGAUGUUUGAAGACGUUUGCGACCACAGUGCAAACUGUACAGAUGUUGGAAGUCGAGUAAUAUGCAAAAACUUUGCUUGUGUUUGUGAAGAAAAUUAUGUACGGUGGCACGGACAAUGCCUAGAAAAGAUAGAUCGUUUGGAUGUCCCGUGCAAUGUAGACACUCAAGUAUGCUUCAGCGAGUCGGAGAGCGACUCUGCUAACAAGAAGAUUUGCUUGAAUGGCUUCUGCCGAUGUCUCCUAGGAGCACCUUGUAAUGCAACAACUCAUGUGUGUCACAAAGACGACGACGGUGCCAAUCAAACUCUUCAAUGUCACAAUGGGAUAUGUCAAUGCAAAGAUAUAUUCUUGCUGGAGGAUGGAAAGUGUAAGAAAAAAAUAGGUCUUCUGGGAGCCCCAUGCAAUGCAACUGCUGAUAUUUGCUUCUUUAAAGAAGAUGGUAAUCAGCAGAAGACACACUGCAAAGACGGAGUUUGCCAGUGCAAAGCAGAAUUUGCUCUUACUGAUAAAAAAUGUCAGAAAUUAAAAAGUGGAAAUAACCAUGCCGAAACGCGAUUCAUCGGGCGAAUCGCAUGGAUACCCUUAAUAGCAGUGAUCUCGGUGAUGCGGUGAAGAAUGCAUGACAAUGUGAGAGCAUUUCAUGACAGUCCGGAGAGAAAAUUCGGAUACUUCGGAAAUAGGCCUAAGCAUAUUUAAGACUUAUAUUAAGUUUCGAGGUAUUAAUAGGUAUUGCUCAAUCUGAUCAAUAAAAAAGUCAACUUAUUUCCCGCAUUUUUAUUUACUUUAAAUUUGUUAAAUCUUCUGAUUUUGAGGCGCCUACCUUGGUUCGUAUAUCAGUGUGAUAUUAAAUCACAAUUUGGCUCACAUGUGGAAUUUAAUUGGAGCACAAAGUAACUGAAUCGUUUAUUUUUAAAAUCCCUUAAGUCAGUUUCUUUUGCAUUUCGCUUUAUGUGACAAAACAGACGCUGCAAGAUAGAUGCAUCGUUACAUGUGUAUAUCACGUAAAUCAGAUGAACAGAAUGGCCGUGAGAGCAAUGCAAAGUUUUGGUUUGGUUUUGAUAUUCUGUACAUUAUUGAAUUGCGAUGUAUAUGUGACUAUUUAUGUGACUAUCUAUGUAUGUACACUGUGUGUAUGAUAGAUUUUUGAGAGAAUUUGGGAUUGGUUAAAAGGGAUAUUCAAUACGGAAAUAUUCCUAUGUGCUAUCAUUGAAAAAUAUAUUUAAAGUAACUGUUUCUGUCAUAUUUGAUGUCACGUUUGAGGUAGAUGCAUAUUGGAAUUUCACAUAAUAUUGUAAUUAAUGUGUUAAAUUACAAACUGAAUCUGCAAUAUGUAUUCAUUUACAUGUUCAGGUAAAAAAUUCCUUAUGAGUUUUUAAAAUCCCGUAUUUCAUAAACUUUUAAAGAAGUCUAGCGACUAUUGUACCAUUGAUGCAAGUUGUGUAAUGUCUCCAUAGCAUACUAAAUCAAUAUUUAUAUUAUGAGAAUUACAAAAAAAAACCAGAAAAAUUAUCUUUGUUCUUCAUUAUUCAGUUAUUUGUUUAAUCACAACUACAUUUACAUUUCAACAACUUACAUUUCCUGAUCUCCUGAUAACGGAUUCCAUUAUAGACGUUGUGUUCCUAUAUUGUCAUAGCAGACAACUUAGCACAUCUAAAUUAUAGCAACAUAAUUAUAUUCCAAUAAAUAUUUAUUCUACACGAAUGUUUCCAUUACAUUAUUUCAAAUCGCG